CGAGCAGCACCGCGUCUGCGCGUGCGCGAGCAACUUGAGCCGCGACCGGGUCGGCUCCCCUUCUCCUUCCUCGCUCUCGCUCUUCCUUCUCCUUCCUUCCUUCCUUCUUACCAGAACUAACUACUGUUUUAUACCCGCGCCCAAGAUUUCCUCCUCCUCCUCCUCCUUGCCCAAUCCCCAGGCCCCUCCACCCCACCCCACCCAGUCGCUGCGGAUACUUGAUUCUGCUACUCGGCCAGCGAUCGAUCUCGCCUCCGCCAUGAGCGCCACCAGGCCCUCCUUCUUCCCCUCCAACAACAACAGGAACAAGCCCGCCACCCGGAACCCCUUCGACUCCGACUCGGACGACGACGGCGGCAUGGCCCGGCGCGGCCCGGCGCGGGCCUCGUCCGUCCCGACCCCCGCCGCGGGGCCGGCCAGGGCCUCCUCGGCCCCGAUCCCCGCCGACGAGGCGGACCAGCGGGGCGCCCUGUUCGGCGCGGGCCCCGCGCCGUCCGGCUUCGCGUCCUCCUCCUCCGCGGCCGCCAGGGGCCGGUACAGGAACGACUUCCGCGACUCGGGCGGCGUGGAGGCGCAGUCCGUGCAGGAGCUCGAGGGCUACGCGGCCUACAAGGCCGAGGAGACCACGCGCCGGGUCGACGGCUGCCUCCGGGUCGCCGAGGAGAUGCGGGACACCGCGUCAAAGACCCUGCUCCAGGUGCACCAGCAGGGCCAGCAGAUCAGGCGCACCCACGCCAUGGCCGUCGACAUCGACCAGGAUCUCUCCAGGGGGGAAAAGCUACUAGGUGAUCUUGGUGGUUUGUUUUCCAAGAAGUGGAAGCCAAAGAAGAACGGCGCAAUCAGGGGCCCUAUGCUGACCAGAGACGAUUCCUUCAUACGCAAGGGCAGCCAUAUGGAGCAGAGGCAUAAACUGGGGCUGUCAGAUCGUCCGCAUCGAUCCAAUGCACGCCAGUUCCUAUCUGAACCCACAUCAGGCCUUGAGAAAGUCGAGGUGGAGAAGGCAAAGCAGGAUGAUGGCCUGUCUGACCUUAGCGACAUACUGACAGAGUUGAAAGGAAUGGCCAUUGACAUGGGAACUGAGAUUGAGGGGCAAACAAAGGAUCUUGGUCAUGCGGAGAAGGACUUUGACGAACUUAACUACAGGGUCAAGGGGGCAAACGCUCGAACACGUCGCCUGCUUGGCAGAUAGGCAAGAAGCAUAUGUUGUUCACCAGAGGAUUCUGUGACACUCCUUAUCUUCUGCAUUUGCUUUCGUGGGCUGUUAAUUCAGAUCAUUUUGUGCAUAAAACUCUGGUUAGGAAGGUCUGUUGGGGAGUUGUAUCAGGGUUUAUUGUGUAUAUACGCUAGACGGGCGGUUCGUUUUCUAUGUUGCAGUUGUACUACAUUUGCUAUGGACAGUAGAUACGUUUGUAUUCGGUUUUCUUGUUUUGCAAUCGCUAUGCUGCAGGAAAGCACAACAUUGCCCAUCUGUUUAUGGAGUUGCUAAUUCCGAGUGGACCUGGAAUUUGGUA